AUGGCUCACGGGGAUUUCUUGCUGCUAUUGUCGCUGUCUCUUCUGUCUCGCGGCUCCGCGGCGACGAGUUGGCAGACAAUCUCGCCCUUGCUCUUGGACGCGGAGUUCAGCAGCGAUUUACCGAUCAUUCCAGAGGCUGGAACUGCAGCACAGCUGUACCAGGAUGUCGUCAUCGGAAAUGGAUAUCCCUUUGGCUCCUACAAAGUCGGCAUGGGCGAUGGACGCCUUGACGUGAGCAACGCAUCGUCCAGUGCUUCCGCAUCGGCCUUGUGCAAUGAGUCGAUAUUGUCCCCCAUCCUCGCUGGCCCAAUGUUGACCUGCACCGCUUCAUCCUGCUCCGGCCCUGGCUUGGGGGAAGGUUCGCAGGUUUGCCGGGCCCAGUUCCACUCAACCGCUUCGAGUAUCCAGCUUGGGGGACGAGCGGGCACGUUCUGGGCUCCGGCGCUGGCAACACCAGCGUGGGCGCAGUACAUAUUUCCGGCAGUUCCACCGGGCGCCAACAACAUCACCAUGCGAUUCACGCUGGACUCUAGGUAUCGGCCCGAGCUCUACGGGGGCAACAGCUGCAGGAAUGCCACUGCCGACUACAACUGCACCCUGUGCACGAGGGGGAGUUGGGACCACUCCGCGGAGGCGGGCGUGUUCGUCCUUUGGGCGGCCGCCGGCCGCAGCGAGUACCACAUCACCGGUCCGCAUGGCGGGUUGGGCGAAGCCUUUGAUGCAGGUGAGAUGACGCAGAUCUUCCAGCCACCCACAGAGUUGGAUCUGCAAGCUGGGGAACAUCCCGUGGUUGCCUUCAUGACAUUCAGUCAAUACCCGGCGUAUGGGGAGGCUGCGCGCGAUAGCAACGGCCGGUGCAGUGUCGGCUGGAGUGAUCAAGGAGAGCACUCUUUCAAGGACAAGCCUUUUAUGGUGGUGGAUGUUGAACUUAUUUACCGACAGGCGCUUGCACUACCAACGGUGCCGUCCGAGUCUCAUCCAAGACUGUUCGGCAAUGACACUUUUUGGAUGUCGCAGCGUGUUCGCCCCUUCUUCGACGCCUCGUGCGAGCCUCUUGCUAAAGAUGGUGUAGGCUGGUUCGAGGAUCCUGGUGUCGCUGAUAUCAAGUCCCAUUUCGAGAUCUCAGCCAGAGGAUUUCGAUCUUGCCAUGAAGCCUCCAAAGACGGAGGUGACAUUGCAAGUUAUGGGCCUGCCCGCAAGUAUCUUGAGUUCGAUGGCAGUGCCAUGCCAUCAUACACAGAUGGGUUGAAAGUGCUGCACCUGCUCCGGCGCCAAUGGGCUUGUGCCGAGGCUCAUUCAGAUUCGUUCGCAUCGUGUGAGUACAACGACACCGAGACAGACAGACUAGCCCAGGCCGUUGUUCAGGUCGACCAGAUCCGCUUCAAUUCCACGACCUGGACGUGUGGUGUCAGCUGCGGCGCGGCGUCUGGCGAGGUCAUCUUCGACCUGACGACCUCAGAGCCCGUGAACUACUUCAGCACCUGGUACGAUGUGCUAACAAGCCAGCCGGGCCUGCUGGACAGUGCUCUUGAGUCCCAGGUGUCCCGGGCCCUCAAGGAGCAGAUGGGGCUCUUCCGUUCGGCCUUCCUCACAGGGCACUGGAGCCUCUGGAACGGAAACAACUGGACGCCCCACCUCUGCAUCGCGGCCAUGGUCUGGGCCAUCAGCUUCUGGCACGAGGAGCCAGAGAUGGCCCGGGAGGUCGUGGGCAUGAUUAACGACAUCCUCUGGCUGCAUCGAAGCAUGUAUACCGCCGAUGGUGUGUAUGUUGAGGGUGUGGCCAUGUAUUCUUUCAUGUCCGUCACGGGCCUGAUUGGGAUCUCCGCCCUGCAGAAGGCCUCCUUCGGGUUUGCGCCUGAGGCAGUCGAUGAAGAUGCCUUGACUCGCCUCGUGAACUAUCACUUGGCGAGCAUGUCAACCGAUGCAUACACCGUCGCAUUUGGUGACUCCCACCGCAAGAGAGGCUGGGGCGACUUCUCGACUUUGCAGGCAGCCGUGGCCCCGAACAUCGUCCGUGAUGCUCUGCAAAUGGACACUUUGACGCCCUGUGGCGCGCGUGAAUACUGCUCGGCUAGGUACGGCAGUGGAGGGCUGUAUGAAGAUCCCUGGAGAAUUAGCCAAGAGCUACUGACGCUGAAUCUGACCGACCUGGUGCUGCAGUGCUCUGUGGCCCCAAGCCAGCCACUGGGCGGGCAGACCGUCCGGGUUUUCCCUGAGGGUGGAUACGCCUCCAUUCGGACGCCGCUCUUGGCUCCCCAUGACGCGUUCCCGUGUUUCGGCGCGGGCAACGCGGAGGUCUGCGUGCAGCAGAGCCCCUCGCUGGCAGACAACAUACCGUAUUCCUUCCUUGCCUUGCAGGCUCGGCCAAACGCGCACCCGCACUCCGAGGUGGACUUUGCAACUUUCAUCUGGUCUGCCUGGGGCUCCCGUCUGAUAUCUGAAUAUGGGUAUGGCACCAUUGCAACUGCUGUCGGACCCUGGGAUGCAAGAAGGUAUGAGUACAUAGACAACAACCCAGCAGGCCACAACACAGUGGUCAUUCGCGAGGCGUUCAAAGAUGCGGAGGAGAGGAUCAACUUCUCGCAGUUGCACCUGGCCCAGGGAAGCCUCCGCUUCGCAAGCUCAGAGGUGGACCCUGGUGAAGGCAAGUGUUUGGAACUUGAUGGCUCUGCUGUGUACGGAGCUUUGCGCGAGGACGGGUGGUUGGAUACGAUGCGCCGAUACGUCUGCCCGGUGUCGGAUGGCACGUUUGUGUUGGUAGACUUGCUUGCUGUCAAAAGAAACCGUAGUGCGCUGCACAUCUAUGGGGCGCAGUAUGGAGGACCCAACUUUGAUGAGACAGAGCCCAGCACGCAGCUUCACAUUGACGAGUACUUCCACACGGAAACGAGCGCACCUUUGGCCACGGAUGCCGACGGGAACCGCCUGGCAGAGGAGUUGGAGUUUGACCGCGAUUCAGAUCCCGCUUCCUUCAAAUGGUGCUCACAUGUAGAUCCCGUGGUUCUAAAUCCUGGUUCGGUAGCCCUGUAUGCCAAAUGUGGGCUUGGGGGGUUUCGUCCAGCUGACGGCUCGGGCUUGAUUAGCGGGCUCUCCCUGUCUGGUGGUCAUUUCAUCUAUGACGGACUAGUCACAACGGUAGACACCUGGAAACGGCCCAACUGGCUCAAGAAGCGGCGCAUUCGGUUCGUCGGAAACUCUUCGGUCGCUGCUGGCGGAGACGUGCGGCUUUUUGUUCUCAGCCCCUUUUCAGCUACUCGCAAUGAGACCCCCGUUGUGGGCUUGGAAUCCUGCACGGGCGAGUUGGGCUGUCCUGCCUACGCAACCAACAUGGAAUGCUCCUGUGUUGCCACGUGCUUCCACUCCACCGUGCGAUGGGCGGUGGUGCUUGUUGGACGGCUCCACGCCUUCGCCAGCGUGGGCAACUGCACGGAUGGGGUGCCAGGACACUCGCUCGCCUCUGAGCAGGUCAGGCCGGGUACACCGAGCCCACUUCCCAAUCGACUUCUGCCAGCGGUUCCAGUGGGAGCGGUGCUCAGUUUGCUUUCGCCUGUGGUCUUUGGGCUAGGCACCCUGAACCCGAAGCUCUACAGCCUAGCAGUAGGAGCUGCUACUAGCAGUGCUAGAGCGGUUGAGGCGGUGAGGAGUGAUUCCUGUCGCGUCGCAGUUGAUAGGAAGAAUGCUGCUAGCACUGGCGAGAUCACUGCUCAGACCAGCUAUCCGUUGAAACAUUCAGUUUUGAAGCCAGCCAUGUCAAAGGACAACGACAAUGAGUGA